AUGGCGGCGAACGAGGAUCCGUACCUCAUUCUUCCAGGCUCGGCUGCCCAUUCCGACUUUCGCCUGCAGCGCCUGGCGCAGGCAAUCGGCGCAAAGGAGGUCCGCUCGCUGUGGCUGCAUUUUGUCAAUCCCCUCAAAGAAUUGGCCGAGGGCGAGCUCAAGACGCUGCAGCAAAUUCUGCACUAUGGCGAGUAUCCAGAUUCGAAUGACCGCCUUGCACAGACACUCCUCGAUGCCGUUCACCGUGGCGGCGAGCCGCGGGACAGCGAGACGGUUCUCUUCUACGUCUCCCCACGCGCGGGUACAAUCUCGCCAUGGAGCUCUCUGGCCUCGAUGAUUGCACGCACAUGCACCCUCGACCAAUCGGUAAAGCGCAUCGAGCGUGGCAUGGUCAUCGCCGCCACUUUUGAUCGCACCCUCGACGCCGACGAGAUCCCCAACCGCGACCACCUCUACGACCGCAUGACCCAGACCAUCAGCCGCACUGCGCCAAAUCUCGAUGCUAUUUUCGGCGAGGGAGAGCCUGCGCAAGCGACCACCAUCAGCUUUGAUGAGUACAGUAGCGCCCAUGCCGCCUUGGACCAUGCCAACAGGGAGCUGGGGCUGGCCAUGGACAAGUCAGAAAUCGACUACCUUGUCGAGGCAUACACCCAGGAGCUGAAGCGAGGCCCUGUAGACGUAGAGCUCUUCAUGUUUGCCCAGGUCAACUCGGAGCAUUGCAGACACAAGCAGUUCAAUGCCGACUUCACCAUCGACGGUAUGCGCAAGUCCAUGUCACUAUUUGGAAUGAUCCGAAACACGCACCAGAAGAACCCUCAGCACGUCAUCAGUGCAUACAGCGACAAUGCAGCAGUACUGCAGGGAGAAGAGGCGAGCUUCUGGGCACCCAAUGACCUCACCGGCGAGUGGAACGGCGCAAAGGAAACUGUGCACAUCCUCUGCAAAGUCGAGACACACAACCACCCAACUGCAGUCUCGCCAUUUCCUGGAGCGGCCACCGGCUCUGGAGGUGAGAUCAGAGAUGAAGGAGCGGUUGGACGUGGUUCCAAGCCAAAGGCCGGUCUGGCAGGCUUCACUGUAUCCGAUCUCAACCUGGAGGGUUUUGAAAGGCCAUGGGAGCUCAAAGAUGUUGGAAAGCCUGCGCACAUCGCCAGCAGUCGCGACAUUAUGCUCGAGGCUCCAAUCGGCAGUGCGCAAUUUAACAACGAGUUUGGUCGUCCAUGCACUGUUGGCUACUUCCGUACCAUGCUCAUGCGUGUCUUCACAAACGAAAAGGAGUCCGAGAUCCGAGGAUACCACAAGCCCAUCAUGCUAGCAGGUGGUGUAGGUACAGUCAGGCCGCAGCACGCACUCAAGGACCCUGAUGUUGUGCCCGCUGGCUCGCAUCUCCUCGUUAUCGGUGGUCCCGCCAUGCUCAUUGGUCUUGGUGGUGGUGCGGCUUCUAGUAUUCAGUCUGGAGAAGGCAAGGUCGAUCUUGAUUUUGCUAGUGUGCAGAGAGGCAACCCCGAGGUGCAGAGGCGAGCACAGGAAGUCAUCGACACGUGUCGCUCCAUGGGUGACAAGAACCCCAUUCUCUUCAUUCACGAUGUGGGCGCAGGUGGUCUGUCCAAUGCUCUCCCCGAGCUUGUCCACGACUCUGGUCUCGGCGCUAUCUUUGAGCUGCGCGAAGUAGACAGUGCUGAUAAGAGCAUGAGCCCGCUGCAAAUUUGGUGCUGCGAGGCCCAAGAACGAUACGUACUAGCAGUUGCUCCUGAUCAAUUGGACCUCUUCAAGCGCAUCUGCAACCGAGAACGCUGUGGUUAUUCAGUCGUUGGUACGGCUACCAAGGAGCAACGCCUUGUCCUGAAAGAUAGGGAUUCCAAGGAAAACCCGACUCCCAUCGACCUUCCAAUGGCCACGCUAUUUGGAAAGCCACCCAAGAUGUCACGUAUUGUCGAAAGCCGAAAGUUGAGGUUGCCAGCCUUCGACAGCAGCCUGUCAAUGUAUAUUCCAGACACGCCCAAAGAUGGCUUGAUCAACGAAGCUGUCGACCGAGUGCUCACUCUUCCAGCUGUAGGCUCAAAAUCAUUCCUCAUCACCAUCGGAGACCGAACAGUUGGCGGCCUUACGGUUCGCGACCAGAUGGUUGGCAAGUGGCAAACGCCUGUGGCUGAUGUUUCGGUGACAGCUACAUCGCUGCUGGCUGGAGUCAAGACGGGUGAAGCCAUGACUAUGGGUGAGAAGCCCACUCUAGCUCUCAUCUCUCCAGCAGCAUCCGCAAGAAUGGCUGUAGCCGAGUCGCUCAUGAACAUUGCUGCAGCUAGUCUCUUCGACAGGCUUUCUAGGGUCAGGCUCUCAGCCAACUGGAUGUCUGCUAGUAGUCACCCUGGUGAGGGUGCGGCUUUGUAUGAGGCAGUGGAAGCCAUUGGAAUGGAUCUCUGCCCCAAGCUCGGCAUUUCCAUCCCAGUUGGAAAGGACUCUAUGAGCAUGAAGAUGAAGUGGUCAGAGGGCGGAGAGGCAAAGGAAGUUACUGCACCAAUGUCCUUGGUGAUCACGGCUUUCGCACCUGUUGACCGCAUCGAUCGCACAUGGACACCUGCAUUGGAACGCUUUGAGAGUGUUGGUGAGACUAUUCUCAUGUAUGUUGACUUGGCGGCUGGCAAGAAACAUCUUGGCGGUUCUGCUUUGGCUCAAACAUUUGGCCAGGUCAGCGAUGAGGCGCCUGAUGUAUAUGACGCCGAUGUCAUCAAGGACUACUUUGAUGCCAUCGAUCAACUUCAUGAGGCUGGUAUCGUACUCGCCUACCACGACAGAUCAGAUGGUGGUCUCUUCACGACGCUUGUCGAGAUGGCUUUUGCCGGACGAUGUGGCCUUGAAAUCAUGCUGGACCAUGUCGCGGCAUCGAGCGAACCCAAGGAUGUCUUGGAAGCGCUUUUCAAUGAAGAACUUGGUGCUGUCUUCCAGGUCAGGAAGCAGGAUGAGACCGCUUUCAACCGCUGCUUUGCCACCUGCGGACCGCCGCCAGGCAUGAUUAAGAAGAUAGGUCGGGUACCUGAGGCCUCGAAGCAGGACAUCUCGUUCUAUGUCGGAACAAAGAACGUUUACCGGAACAGUCGGCAAAAACUACAACAGCGUUGGGCAGAGACUUCAUACCGUAUGCAGAAGCUCCGUGACAACCCUGUCUGUGCCGAUGCAGAGUUCAACAGCAUUCUCGACGACAAGGAUCCGGGUCUAUCAUACAACCUGACCUUCAAGCCUUCCGAGAAUAUCAUGCCUCUCAUGUCCAAUCUGAAGUCGCCUUUCACGGCUAAGCCUCGUGUGGCCAUCCUAAGAGAAGAGGGUGUAAACGGCCAAGCUGAGAUGGCAUUUGCUUUCCAUCAAGCUGGCUUCUCAGCUAUCGACGUACAUAUGACUGACAUCAUCUCGGGUCGUGUAUCACUGGCCGGCUUCGUAGGCCUUGCGGCAUGUGGUGGUUUCUCGUAUGGCGACGUACUUGGUGCUGGACAAGGAUGGGCAAAAUCUGUGCUCCUCCAUCCCGAAACACGUAAGGAGUUCCAGGACUUCUUCACGCGCCCUAACACCUUCGCACUCGGUGUCUGUAACGGUUGUCAAUUCAUGAGCAAACUCAAGGAAUUGAUCCCAGGUGCAGAGCUAUGGCCAAGCUUCGAGCGCAACGCAUCUGAGCAAUACGAAGCACGUGUCUGCAUGGUCGAAGUGCUCGACCCCAAGGGCCCUAAUACGCCACCAUCCGUCUUCCUCCACGGUAUGGCAGGUUCUAAGCUCCCCAUUGUCACAGCCCACGGCGAGGGCCGCGCUCACUUCUCCUCCUCGGCGUCUUCACCAUCCACACCCCAAACGAUGUACAACGAGAACCUCGUAUCUCUCCGUUACGUCGACAACUAUGGCAAGCAAACUGAAACGUACCCCUACAACCCCAAUGGCUCACCAAUGGGUAUCACCGGUGUACGCAGCGCCGACGGACGCGUGCUGGCACUCAUGCCGCACCCCGAGCGAACUAUCUUGAAGGAAGUGGCUAGCUAUCUCCCCAAGAACACAGAGGACUGGGGCGAACUCGGACCCUGGUCUCGCAUGUUUAAGAGUGCUAGACGAUGGGUCGGAUAA